GAUCUCAAAUAAAAGAGGAGUGCUACCUUCGUGCAUCACUUCUUUCAACAAAGUUAAGCCUGGUUCUGCUGAAGAGAGAUAACACUUUUUGUCCCUGUAGGUGGCCCCCUGGUGUAGCCAUUAGUUGCUAAUUACUUGCAAACAAAUAAACAAUUAACUCCUUAAGCUGCUGGCUGGGCAAGUGUUCAUUGACUUGCUAAAACUUUCUAAAACAGGAUUUUAAUUAGUGACGUUCAAAACCCAGCCCCCUAGUCAACAAAGCUAUAAGGUGAACUACUGGGAGACGCCAGCCCUGCACACGUGGGGCAGGAGCCCUCCAGCGCUGUCUGACACAGAAGAGGAUGUCUCCCAGCCUUGGGGAAGGUGCUCAGCUCCCGAAAAACAAACCCUCAUCCUGCUCCUUCUCAAUUGAGAGCAUUUUAGGACUGGACCAGAAAAAAGAUUGUGGAUCGUCAACAAGACACCACAGACCGUGGGCAGACACCUGCAGCGACUCAGAAAAAAAUGGCAACUCAUUCCUACAUGCCCCAGAUCUUCCCAGGGAGAUUUCAUUUCCUUGUCCCAUGGAUCACCCAAUGCCAGAAGAAGGGGCUUCGAAAUGUGAAAAUUAUUUUUCAGCCUCAGAAACACUUUCUUUGAAAAGAGAGUUGAGCUGGUACAGAGGACGAAGACCAAGAACUGCUUUUACCCAAAAUCAGGUUGAAGUAUUGGAAAAUGUCUUCAGAGUGAACUGCUAUCCUGGCAUUGACAUCAGAGAAGACUUAGCUCAAAAACUGAAUCUAGAGGAAGACAGAAUCCAGAUUUGGUUCCAAAAUCGUCGGGCAAAGCUGAAAAGGGCCCGCAGAGAAUCACAGUUUCUAAUGGCAAAAAACCCUUCGACACAGAUCUUCUGAAAUAGUUUUUAAAAGUACACAUGCGAGAUUCUCUUCCAAUUGUGGAACACAAGGAAUCAAUGGAAAUCCCAAGUAUUUAAAAUGUUGCAAAUAAUUAUGA